GAUUAAGAGUUACGAUGACGAAGUCCACUCAAAACAAACUGGUGUGAAAUUCAUCACUACAAAGGACAACACAGAAAAACAUUUUACAAUGCAAGUUUACAAAAUAGUUCAUUGUUUGACUUUAAAAUACUGCAUCCAUAAUACUGUAUUUCUUUUUAAUGAUGUUGUACAAAAACCCUUUUGAUUCAGAGCAAUGAAAGCAUAUCUCAAGAUAAUCUUACGAUACGAUGGACUUCUUUUCUUCUCUUAAUAAGAGAACUUGAUGAAAUAUCCCUUACAUCUCCAUCGUGUUUUCCUUUCAAGAGAGGAUGUCAAAUAGAAGUUCCAAACUUAACAGAAAGUGGGCAACUGUAUAAGGAAGUUCAGCAGUCUACAACAGAGAUGUCCUACUCACUUGACUUUUUUCCUUUGGUUUUGCAAAACACAGGUCAUGUCUGUGAUCAUACAGGUCUACCCAUAACGGUGUAAAAAACGUUCUUAGAAAAUAAGGGACUUUACAACUCAAACAAACAAUUAACAUUCAUUUAUUUAUUUAUAAAUAAAGGGACUUUGCAACGCCAGCAACAUUAACAACCAUCUGCCACGGUACAGCCAACAAACUUCAGAUAACACAGUUUAAUGAAACUGUACAGUACUCAGAGGUUUCACUACUACUAUUUUGCUUUGAAAAGCUGAACUAUACUUCCCCAACCAUCCAGAUGUACCGAAUUUUUGAAAAUAAGCCGAUAACCACGUAACUGUCCAGUCAUUUACUGGAAUUCUCAUUACAAUCGCGAUCUCGAGUAAUACGCUCCAAAUUGCUAACAACAUACAUAAAACAAUAAAACAAAACACGCGUACCUCACUCUUCACCUCUGAACAUUUUUUAUAACCACUAACAAAAACGACUCCCAUUAUAAUAGAAAAAAAAAAAAAAAAAACAUGCCACAUAAUGCAAAUGCACACCUGCUUGGGCGAUGCAGUGCAUGGUACAUUCUAAUUCCCUCGCCUCAGUUAUCACGCCUUCAAUGUUCGACAGGACAAAUACCCUGGAAGUUGCAAAGUUUUCUUGUAGCAAUUUUAACAUCACCCUAUCUGCACAUGCUAUCACAAGAACAUUCUCUAACCACUACCACAUUCUAGCAGCAUUUCCAAAUGAAAUAAAUAUAACACAUUUCACGUGGGUUUGGCAAGGUAAAGGUCAACUUCUCUGUGCUGCCCCCAACAAAAUAAAAUAUUAUUUUUCAACCUAUUAAAGAAGUUGCUGUCUCUUUUCACACUAAAUAAAUGUAUCCAAUGCCCCAGACGUCAAAAAUCUCCAGGAAUACGCACUUUACAGUCUACAUAAAUGCAUGUCUACAUAAGACCCUUCACCUUUUCCAGUUCCCUUAUGACCGACUAAGGCAAAAAGGAAACGACGCACUUUACAAUAUGAAUGAUUUCAUCACUCUCCAGUAGCAAUCCACAAAGUUAAUCAGUAUAACCAAUCGUUGAGUAGAAGAGAGGCAGGAUUUCCUCCUUGUGAUGUCACCCUUCCCCCUUCUGGCUAGAAGCCCCACCUUUUGUGUUUCCCGCACCGUCAAUCAAAAUAGAAAAAAUCGACUGGUAUCGCCGUUCGCAGCCCGCCUUUGAAUACAAUAAUCAUGUUAAGCGUCUAAAUAAAUCAAGAUUGUUCUGAUUUUGCUAACAUAUUAUGACUGCUCCAGAAAAGCCAGUGAAACAAGAGGAAAUGGCUGCCUUAGACGUGGACAGCAGUCAGACUGAGUAUCUGCAGCACGGCAACGGCGCUGGCGCCCAGGUAAAAUCUUUUUGUUCUGUAAUCCCUUGUCCCUUUUGGUUUGUUAGAAAUUUGCUUUUAGAUAUACGUAUAAAGCAAGAAGAACCUGAUCCUGAAGAGUGGCAGCUUAGUGGAGAUUCAACUGUAAGCAGCGGUAAUUUGACCCAUUUGAGAGUACAAGUUGUGGACGAAGAAGGGGACCAGCAAAACCAAGAAGGAAAAAGACUGCGACGAGUGGCAUGUACAUGUCCGAAUUGUAAAGAUGGUGCUGGGAGAGGUGCCAAUUUGGGAAAGAAGAAGCAGCAUGUUUGCCAUAUUCCUGGGUGUGGAAAAGUGUAUGGGAAGACCUCACAUCUUCGAGCCCAUCUCAGAUGGCAUUCAGGAGAGCGCCCAUUUGUUUGCACUUGGAUGUUUUGUGGAAAGCGGUUUACACGAAGUGAUGAGUUACAGCGACACAGAAGAACACAUACAGGUGAAAAGAAGUUUGUGUGUCCAGAAUGUUCAAAACGUUUUAUGAGAAGUGAUCAUCUUGCCAAGCAUAUCAAAACUCAUCAGAAUAAAAAAGGGAUUCAUGCAAGCAGUGCAGUGAUGGCUUCAAUGGAAGGAACUCAUGCAGCUGAUGACAGUUUAAUUACACAAGGAGGAACUACACUUAUUCUUGCAAACAUUCAGCAGGGAUCUGUAGCAGGAAUUGGAACUAUAAAUACUUCGAGCACCAGCAAUCAAGAGAUCCUUCCAAAUUCGGACAUACCAUUACAGUUGGUCACGGUUACUGGAAAUGAGACAGUGGAAUAAUUUAAAAAGAAAUUUAAGAAAACUUUGCUAAUUGUUAUUUUUAUAUAUAUAGUAAAAAGGAUUAUCGUCUCUACGUUCUUUAGAUAUCUUUUUAUUGAUGUGCAAAAGACUUUGAAUUGACAGUACUUCGUUCCACAUGACACUGAAAUGCCUUAUUUUGUAUAAUAUUCCAUAGUAUAUUCAAAUGGUAAAGUUGCAUGUGUUUUGUAGGUACAUUCAAAUCUAGGAGUUCAGAAACUUAACACGCUAAUGCAAGAAGGAAAUGAAUUUGGAGACAAGUUCAACACGUUUAAAUGAACGACCUGGAAUAGCUAAGUGUAAAAAUGAGAACUGGGUGGUAUUUAUCUAUUGUAACAUAUGUGAGUCUAUGGUGAGUUCAAUUUACAAUCACAGUAUGAUAAAAUAAAUUUUGUAAUUUUUCAUUGUAAUUCUCCUCUUGACAUAAACUUUUAAUAUGCAUUAACUGACAAAUCAUGUUUUCAGAUGGAAGUUACCUGUACUGAUUUGUCAUAUUGAAGCUAAUUAUUUUAAGUUUAACUGUGUAUAAUAUUUUGUUACCCUAAUAAGAUUUUGAAAAGUACAUUGUAACAUGGAAUUCAAGUAGUAGUCACAUUUUAAUCCUACUCAAAGCCAUGUAUAAGGGUUAUUUUGCCAAAGUACUAUUUUGUUAUUCUUUUCCAUGUAACUGUUGUAUUUGCCCAGUAUUGCUUAGCAGCUGAAUAUAAAAUUUUAUAGGUGGAGGAAACAGGGUAAUUAAAUAUUUUAUGUGAUUCUUUCCCUUUGAAUUACAACUUAAGGACCAAAAUAGUGUGUUUAGGUGGUGUUCCCAAACUGCUUGGCAAAGCAUCUUUUCAAAACGUUUAUUUUUGGGGAAGGCGGCUGCAACAAAAAAACUUAAUUUUGGCCCAUUUGGCUUGAGCAUUAUAACUAGUCUAUUUUUGUCAUGUUAUCGGGGAGGGGGGGGGGGUGAUGUGAUGAUCCAUUGAAUUGCGCAUUGCCCAUUUAAGUACAUUAUCAACAAGUUCAGCUUAACUGGAUUUAUUGUAGCUUUAAGAAACUUCUUUGCUUCUUGUACUUUACUUUUGUUGUCUGUAAGAUUGGGUAGAAUCAUAAUCCUACAGGGAGUAAGAUGCUAAAUCUCAGUAUGGUUCCCAGGGAGGAAAAUAUAUAAAUAUUUAUGGUGACUGUACUCCCAAAAUAGUGCUUCUCUAAGAAAAACAUGGCUUUCUUAUAUUCACUUUCAGAUAGUGUACAUUUGUCCUUUUGUAGUAUUGUUUGCUAUUUUUACUGCCCUGCAAAAUAUGUAAUCAGUAUGUUUUAGCUCUGAUAAAUAUGUAUGUCUUUUUAUUA